AUGUCUCCGUGUCUUCUCCGAUCAGUAGUCGUUGUGGUAGCACAUCGAUCACCUGGUCGGAACCACCAAUCUGGUUGGUCUGUUCUUCACAGUGUGAUGUCUUUGUUAUUCUUCACAUCAUUAUUAUUAACAUUGUUUGUAGCAGCAACUAUUCCAAACAACAACAAUAUCUUUGUGAUUGGUCAUCCAGUGAUGAUACGAGGUCGAGUUGGAGAAGGCAGAGAAGAAAGAAUCAAACAAGAACACGAAUUUUAUUCAUCAUCAUCAUCGUCCACAAGAAGAUUAACAAGAACAGCAACCACCACUACUAUCACCGCACUUAAUAAUCGUCCCAUCAUUGGAAUUUUGGCACAACCAACCAGUAACAAGGAACAUGGUGAGAGUUAUAUUGCUGCGUCGUAUGUGAAAUGGAUUGAAGGCAGUGGUGCACGAGUGGUGCCAAUUCCCUAUGAUUUACCACAAGAAACUUUACAGUAUUUGUUUCAAUCAUUGAAUGGAUUGUUAUUUCCAGGAGGAGGUACCAAUAUCAAGCACUCCAAGUAUGCUGACGUGUUAAAAUUCUUUUUCGACAAGGUUAUUGAAGCCAACGCUCGAGGAGAUUAUUUUCCAUUAUGGGGUACAUGCUUGGGAUUUGAAUCGUUGAAUAUUUUGGCAGCAGAAAACAAUGAAGUGGUGAAUUAUGGAUUUGAUUCUGAGGAUCUGAGCUUGUCUUUGAAAUUUGUGAGUGAUUUUAGAAAUUCAAGAUUAUUUGGAAGUGCACCUAACGAAAUAUUAGAAAUACUUGCACAACAAAACGUGACCAUGAACAACCAUAUGGCUGGCGUCACACCCUUUGAUUAUGAAAGAAAUGAGAAAUUACGAAAAUUUUUCAAAAUUUUAUCCCUCAAUGCUGAUCGAAAAGGGAAAACAUUUGUUUCAACGAUUGAGAGCUUUAAUUUUCCAAUUUAUGGAACCCAAUAUCAUCCUGAAAAAGUUUAUGAAUUUAACUAUGAGGUGAUUGACCACUCCUUUGACAGCUUGAUCGCCAAUGAAUACUUUGGACAAUUUUUUGUAAAUGAAGCAAGAAAGAGCCAACGAAAGUUCCCUUCUUUCGAGGAAGAAGAAAAAUAUUUAAUUUAUAACUUUAGUCCAAAAUUUACCUUCCCUCGUAUUAGCAAAGACUUUAUGCAAAUUUAUUACUUCAAUGCAACAUCUACCAUAUGA